AUGAGUUCGAGAAACCUCUGCUGGGAGUACUUCAACAACAUCAUUUUCAUCAUCAACAACAACAUCAUCAUCAUCAUCCUUGCUAUUUAUGUCAUCGAGGUUUUCUUCAUGGGUAGAGCGAAGGCCAGCUUCUCGUUUGGCAAUUUACAAGAGAAUGUCAGGGAGGGAAGAGGAUUGUACUCACUAUGUUCUUCUACGCCUGUGAAACCUGAACUAUAUACAGUAGGCAUGCUAAACGGUUGGAUCACUUCCAAAUGGGUUGUCUCCAAAAACUUUUCCGCAACAAGUGACAAGGUGCAGAAGUUCUGGCACGAGCCAAAACACACAGCAUCUACGCUUUCUUACAAAAAGCUCAAAUCAGUUGUUUCCAAGUUUCUAUUUUCAUCAACAAGGAUUUGA